UCCCCACGCACACUCCUCCCUUCCUCCUCCCCCUGCUCCUCCCGAAGUGCUCUGUAAGCCAACCACCCAACCAUUUUCUCUCUCUCUCUCUCUCCCUCUCUAAGUCGAGAGAGAAAGGUCUCAGUCUCACCAUCAAUGGCGUAAAGCAGGAACCAAAUCCUUGCGUGCCCGAAAGCAUCGAAAAGGAAGCCUUGUUCCUCUGUUGGGUGGGUCUUUUCUUUAUCGUAUCUUGAAGAAAGCGCUCGGAACAGUUCACUGGCAGUAAGUGUUGGGGGAGAGGGCGAAAGAGGAGCCGGAGAAAAGAAGCCGCCACGGCGACGUAUUCGUGCAUGAGGAAGGAGAGAGGAGGGAGAGGCGAGAGCGACGGGGAAGAGCGGAGCCGCAAACCUGGGAAAGCACGGGGAGUCUCUGGGCGGAGGAGGAAUCUUCGACUGCAUCCAUGAGAUCACGACGGCCCUCGCGUUCGCCAACGCUAGGAUGAGCGAUUCCGCCUACCGAGUCGACACCACGCCCCGCCUCGCCCAAUGGAGGAUCGACAACCUCGCUUCCUGCACCUACCGCAAGUCCGAUCCUUUCAAGAUCGGUCUCUGGAAUUGGCAUAUGUCUGUGGAGAAGAACCGGAUGUUGUAUGUUAAAUUGUAUCCGGAGAUUUCGGCUGUGACGAGAGAUAAUCCCCCGAUCGCAUCUUUCGUCGUUCGCGUGGUUUGUUCAGCUGGAGGUCGCAAAGCUUUGACACACCCCGAAAUAAGAGAUAAGCAGCUCAAGAAUAACGACGAUUUCAUUUGGGCGAUCGACGUCCCGCUAACCGGAAAGCUCAUCAUCGAUGUCGAAUUCCUUGAUCUAAAGAUCAAGUCUCCUGAGAGCGCAGAACCUUUCUCCAUUUGGGCUGAAGGAUACACGCGGAAGCUAUCGAAUCUGACGGCGCUUUCAACCCUCGGCCGAAUGUUGAAGGAAGGCAUCCACACGGACAUCAUCAUCAAUGCUUCCAACGGGAGCAUCGGGGCCCACCUUGCCGUGCUCUCCUCGAGAUCCCCAGUCUUCCGCGGCAUGUUCACUCACGACCUGAAAGAGAAAGAGCUUUCCACGAUAAACAUUUCCGACAUGUCGAUCGAGGCCUGCGAGGCUUUCCUUCACUACAUCUAUGGCAAUAUCCAGCAAGGCGAUUUUCUCGAGCACCGGCUCGCGCUCCUUCGGGCAGCUGAUAAGUACGAUGUGGCCGACUUGAGGGAGGCGUGCCACGAGAGCCUCCUGGAAGACAUAGACUCGCAGAACGUCCUCGAGCGGCUUGAGAGCGCGCAUCUUUAUCAGUUACACAAACUGAAGACCGGCUGCUUGCUGUAUCUUGUGAAGUUUGGUAAGAUAUUCGACAUCAGGGAUGAUCUAAACGCCUUCAUUCAAUCCGCGGACAGGGACCUCGUGGCAGAGAUCUUUCAAGAGGUUCUCAAUGCGUGGAAGGGUUUCUGAGGAUCCUACGCUGACAAGACACGAAACGGAAAACAACAAAGAAGAAAGCAUAGUGUGUCGAUCGGACUCAAUCAUACUGUCCUAGUCCUACAAAGUGGGCUUCUAGUUGUAGUUCCUUAAUGCAUUGCUAUUGAAGGUCAUUCUUUUGAUUGUCCAGUUGUACAUAAAUUGGUUGUGAUUCAAGCUGAUUUGAUAUAUGUUAAGAGAACUGAUCUCAUCAUAAUGUAUUGAUAAUUUAUUCAAGUGUGAAAAGUUAUGACAGUUCACCGUUUUUAUU